CUAGAGGCACUCGCCUGGCAGUGCAGAGCAAAUCGCUACAUUGGAUGAAUGGAAGGCGGUCGGCGAGUGUUUGGAGUGGAAGACACGAAGCUAAAAAAGGAGUAGAACUUGUUUGAAAGUUCUCUGAUGAGAGGCGCUUCCUUUAAAGCACAACCGUGGACAUUUAUUUCUAGAUUCAUCCCUCCCCGUGGGCAUCAAACUUGCAAGCCGAGCCCAACGAACGGCGAUUUCAGCGAGGAGCAUUUAAUUUUUAAAUGUUAAACCACGGCAACAGGUUACGAUGUGCGUGUUUUAGUUGACGUGAGGACAUAGGCUAUCUUAAAAACACGCACCUUGGUCACACUUCGCCUUCCACGCGCUCGGCGUGAUGUGGAGGUCGAGCCGAGCCGAGCCGAGCUUCACGUCUAGUGUGCAGGACAAUGUGGGAGAGCUUUUGACCGGACAGCUAGCCAAACUGAAACUUCACGGGGUGAUUAGCAAUUAGCAUCGGAGCACACCGGCACGCGAACCUGCUCGGAACCGGUGAGGGUUCCCCCUUUUCUGCCUAACCACCACAGCACCACCACCCAAAAAAAAAAAAAGCACGACCGCAUUCCUUCAUGGUUCCGAACAAGUGGACCAUGAAUUCAGUCCUGCACAAGUCGCCUCCUCGAAGCUGGCUUGGACUCAAGUUGAGGCUCAAUGACAAGCCUGUCCAGGAGGAUGACUGGGUGGUGUGCCAGCACCCUGAGUGCCCUGACCGACGCAGAGCUUCAAAGGUUUGUCACCACCCCGACUGCCAAGACCUGAAUAGCAAAAGCCCCCUUCACCUGUGUGAGUCAUGUGACUCGCGCUGCCACUCGGAGAAGAACGACAACAUGCACUUUGACCGGCACCCCAGAUUUGACUUACAACCUCAAGCCUCCAUCCUGGCUCGGAACGUGUCCACACGAUCCUGCCCCUCACGCACCAGCGCCCCCUCUGACCUGGAGGAAGAGGAUGAGGGGACCAGUGACCGCUGGGAGAAGAAAGCUGGGGGUAUGAAACUGGUGAAGAAGAAACCACGGAGGAGACACACCGAUGACCCCAGCAAAGAAUGCUUCAGUCUCAAGUUUGACCUCAACGUGGACAUCAACACAGAAAUAGUACCUGCUAUGAAAAAGAAAACCUUGAGAGAGGUUCUUGGUCCAGUGUUUGAGAGGAACGGCAUCGAGCUAUCAAGUGUCGACUUGUUCCUGGAUCAGUCCAACACGCCGCUGUCCCUCAACUUUGAGGCCUAUCGAUUUGGUGGACACUACCUCAAAGUCAAAGCACGGCCUGGCAACGAGUUAAAAGUGGAGCAGGGGGUGAAAGACAUGAGGUCGCUCAGCCUACCCAACAUGAAGCCUGCCGGGAGUCAGACCCCCUACAUCCUCACACCGGCCACUGAGAGGGUGGAGCACGGAUCUCUAGGACGUCGUGAGGGUGCCGAUCCGCUGGGUCAGUCCCGGCGGAGGAAGAACAUGACUGAGUUUCUGGGAGAGACAAACAUUCCCACACCGGAUACGCUUGGGCAAAUGGGUGGCUCGCUCCCUGGCAUCGGCUCCGGUCCUGACAGCUGGAAGAACCGAGCCGCCAGCCGCUUCAGUGGUUUCUUCAGUUCCAACGCCGCCGCGGCAUCCUUCGGCAAGGAAGUGGACCGACUGGAACAGCUCCACAGCAAGCUACACUCGUACACGUUGUUCGGGCUGCCCAAAGUGCCACCGCAGCUCUCCUUCCACCAGGACUCUUGGGAGGAGGAGGACGAGCAGGAGCCCGACCUGGUCCUGGAGGACAGCUGGCAGAUGUUGCUGGACAACGCUGAGACUUUGACAAGGAGACAGUUCCACCAGCAAGAGGCUAUAUGGGAGCUGCUGCAUACCGAGGCCACCUACAUUAAAAAACUCAGAGUCAUCACUGAUCUCUUCUUGUGCGGCCUGCUCAACCUUCAGGAGAGUGGCCUGCUCACUGAGGUGGAACCCCCACGGCUCUUCAGCAACAUCCAGGAAAUUGUUCGUCUGCACACGGCCCUCUGGAACCAGGUCAUGCUCCCUCUUUUAGACAAGGCCAGGCAGGCCCGGGCGCUGCUUGACCCCACCGACCUUCAGCAUGCAUUCAGGACGUUUGCCUCCAGGUUCAAGCCGUACAUCCAUUACUGCAUGGAGGAAGAAAUCUGCAUGGAGAACAUGCGAGCGCUUCUCAGGGACAAUGAGCUCUUCAGGACCUACGUCACCUGGGCUGAGACGCACAAGCAGUGCAACCGUCUGAAGUUGGCAGACAUGUUGGCAAAGCCUCACCAGCGGCUGACCAAAUAUCCCCUCCUGCUGAAGAGUGUGCUCAAGAAGACGGACGAGCUGCCGGCCCGAGAUGUCAUUGGCAGCAUGGUGGCCUCAGUGGAGGGCUUCAUCGACAGCAUCAACUCACACAUGCGACAGCGUCAGGAGCAACAGAGGCUGGCAACCAUUUCUGCCCGCAUUGAGUCCUACGAAGCAGUAGAGGGCAGUAGCGAGGAGGUAGAAAAGAUCCUCAAGGAGUUCAACCACUUCGACCUCAUGGCUCCGAUGAGCGGAACGUCUGCUGAGGAGACUCGACAGCUCCACCUGGAGGGCGCUCUGAGGAUGAAGGAGGGCAAAGAUAGCCGGAUGGACGUCUACUGCUUCCUUUUCACUGAUCUGUUGCUCAUCACCAAGCCCGUGAAGAGAGUGGAGAAGGUCAAAAUCAUCAGGCAGCCUCUCCUCAUCCACAACAUCGUCUGCAAGGAGUUGAAAGACACAGGCUCCUUCAUCGUCAUCUACCUCAAUGAGUUCAGGAGCGCUGUGGCUGCCUACACGUUCCAAGCCAACAGCGCCCCCCAGGGGCGAAGCUGGAUGGAGGCAAUCUGCAGCGUCCAGAACCAACUCCAGAGACUUCGCACCGAGGAAGUGAUCCGGCUGCAGAAUUCUCUGACGAGUUGCACGGAGGGGGAGGAAGAGCGGGAUGAGGAAGAGGAAGAUGAGAGCAGCAACUCCAACACAAGCUCACCUUGUCUCAGGCACAAAGAUCAGCAUAAUUUAAGUCAGUCGGAUGGUUCCACUGAGACAUUGUCAGUGAUGGAAGUCGACGAGCUGUCUGAGUCGCAAGCGCCUUCUGCUGCCAGCGUUAUCCUCGAGGGACACGCCGACACAGCCGCUGGCAUCUCCGCCCUGUCGGAAGUUGAGCAGCCCGCAGGUCUCCACAGGACCUCCUCCAGCGCUUACUGUGAGCUGAAUCAGGAGGCGGAUCCUGAAGGCGAGGAGCUGGAUCCUCAGUGUCGCUCUCUCUCUAUGGACAGCGCAUACGGUACGCUAUCCCCGGAGUCGCUGCUCAGAGAACUUCGGCCCCCGCAAAGUGAAGAAGAUGGUGCUGAGGAGGCAGAGGAGGAGGAAGAUGUGGAGGAAGAGGAGGAUUCUGCAUCACUUGGCUCGCAGUUGUCAGUGGCCCAGCCAUGCAAACCUCGACGGAGGGCUCAUGUACGGUCAAGGCUCCACUGCCUCCAGAAGCUGUCCACUCUGGUCUUAUCGCGCUCCGAGGACAACCUCCUACAGCGUCUCCACGACAAAACCCCGCCGUCGCAGAACCGCGACAACCCACCGCACAUGGACGCGUCUUCGCUGGCGCACAGCAAGAGCCUGUCGGAGCUCGGGAGCAACAGCGUCGACUGCUUCCCCAUCGACCUCCGCCGGGACGUCCUCGACGAGGGCGGGCCUGACGUCACAGGCAGGGAAGCUCAGAGGAAGUCUGAAUCGGAGGCCGGCGGUGAGGUGGGAGAAACGUCGCCCAGAGCGAGGAAAUCGCCGGCUCAGCAGCAUAAGAAACUGACGCUAGCACAGCUCUAUCGAAUACGCACCACUCUGGUCCUCAACUCUACGCUCACCGCAUCGGAGGUGUAACCACCAACCUGCACUCUCUCUCUCUCUCUCUCUCUCUCUCUCUCUCUCUCUCUCUCUCUCUCUCUCUCUGUCUCUGUUUCUGUCUCUCGACGCCCCCACCACCGACCUUCAGUCGCCCCCCCCCCC